AUGUUUGUGCGAGGUACUGCGACUUCUUCGCCUCGUUCCUCCCUCGAGUGCGCGGCCUCGCGGGUCGCGAGCGGCCCGUUGAGUCAGCGCCCACCUCGUCCACGGACCUCCUGCCGGGCGGCACUCGGCUCUCUCCGUCCCUCGCACGCUUGGCUGUUUGUCCUGUUUGUAGUUGUCUGCGCGUCGGCGGGAGACUCAGUGGAUAGCGAGCCGCUGGACGACAACGACGACGUGUUUUUUGACGCGCUGUCUGAGCCCUUCACCCCCAACGAGAACGGCGGGUUUCCGCGCACCAGGGAGCAGGCGGAGGCGCUGCAGAAGAUCGUGAAUAAAAGCCGCCUGGAGGAGGCCGAGGAGCAGCAGCGGCAGCUUCAGCAGGAGUACGUGCGCAACAUCGAGCUGCAGCAGGAGCUGGAGCGCCAACAGGACGAGGCGCGCGCAAAGGAAGACCGAGAGGAGCACAUGAAGGCGAUGGAGCAGGCAGACAACAGCGACCCCGAUAAGCUUCGCGAAUACCACGCAGCUCUGGGGCGCGCCGUCCUCGACGAGUCGCAGAAAAACCGCAUGUUGCUCAAGCAGAAAAUGCUCCAGCAGGUCCGCGACGGCCUCCGGGAGCAGGUCGCCGAGGAGAGAAAGCGGCAAAAGGAAUUCAAGAGACAGCUCGACAUCGAAGGCGUUCAGACACCCGAGCAAGCGGAAGGCGCGCAGGACGAGGCCGCUGCGAGAGUUGAUCCCGCCGAAGCGGAAGCUCUCUUCAAGGAGCUCGAGUUGAAGAAGGGCGAAGCGGUCACCGCCGACAGCCGACGCGCCGAACUGCGGAAACAAAUGCUGGUGCAGCACUCAGAGAACAUCGCCCGCCUGCAGGAAGAACUCGACGAGAGAACAGGAAAGCCAACGGACUCGGGCGUCACCGGCGAGACAGUGGUCAACGCCGUGGGAAACCAGAAGGAACCGGCGCGCAAAACUGGAAUCCUCGGUCGGCUGUCGAGGUUCUUCGGCUUCGCCUUCCACAAGGUUCGCUCUCUUUUCUCUGCGCCACUCGUGGAAGAGGCUGCGGCGAAAGUGGCGAGUCACGACGAGCUGGCCGUCGAGUACUUGCGAUGCCUGAAUGUCGGAGAUGCGCGAAGCAACUUCCGAAGCGGAGAGAUGUACUGCCGGUCGCUCGCCGUGGACUCCCACAAGAAAUACUGCAGCUCCCUCGUCCAGAUGGCCAUGCAAAUUCUUCAAGAGAUCCGCCUGUGCCAGAAAACUCGAAGGGGCACGCAGCGCAGAGCCUGCUUCUUCAAAGUGAAGGCCCCCCUGAUGCAUCCGACAUUCGUGGAGAUGAACACCAACCCGAGAGAGGAGUACAUCGAGGGCUUCAUGACCCGCGCGCCGGAGUUCCACGUCGUCGAGGACUCAGUGGUGAACCAAAUUCGGCUGCACACGAAGAAUUUGAACUGGAGAGAAAUUCUGCGGCAUUCGUUUGACGUCGUGGCCCUGGCGGCCACGAAUCGACUCUGGGAGAAGACCUCCCGCUUCCUCGCCGACUUGGACAGCAUUCGCAUCCUCGAACUCCAAAAAAAAUACCUGAAAGAACAACGCGCAGUGCGUUUCCACACGAAGCAGCACCUGAUUUUGGACAUGAAUCCGCACCCCGACCCGCUAUUGAUUGGCAUUUUACACGAGUUGGUCUACAAGGGGAACGUGUGCCAAAACAAGAGCGACUACCGCACGCGGAUUGUCCACGAAGUUGGCGGGAAGCUGGUGGCGACGACGGUGAAGGAGCAGACGCGGCUGGCGUUUCUGCGCUGGAUUCAGUCUCUCUACUCGGUGGACGAGUGCAUGCACAAGGUGUUUCUGCGUCCCUCGGAGCGCGGCCCGGAGGACGAAGAGGAGAACACAGAGAGUCUGGCGUACCGCUACCUCUCCUCGAUUCUCAAGCGCACAGCACGCGAAGAGGGCACGAACGACGAGGCGGAGGACGAGCUCUUCCACUCGGCGCCCAGCUCCAUCCGCGUGCAAAACUGCGAGCUCGUGCGCCUGCUCUUUCGCCAGCUCGCGGAGUCCCAGCGGCGCGAAGGCGACGCAGUGGCCUCGCAGAACACCUCCCUAGGCAAGAAAAAGCGUGCGCGCGCCCAGGCCGGAAACGGCGACGCGAACGCCGCAGGGAGCGAAGAGUCCCCGGCGACCGAUUCAUCCGACGAAUCAGAGGCGGAAGAAGGCAGCGCGGCCGCCGCGGAAGGCGGAGAAAGUGCCGGCGACUCCCAAAAGAACCAAAAGGCAGAGGAAGGAGCUGAGAAAGAAAUGCCGCUUACCAAGGACGCGCGCGCAGAAAGACGAGCCUUCAUCUACUCUCUGAACUCCGUCGUCACCGCCAACGCCACGCUUUGUGCGGCAGUCUUACUGAACCAGAAUGCGAAGACAUUCAAGGCACUGACCUUGCUGGUGCGCUCGCGGACGGCGAUGCGUUUGUUGGCGGGGCUGACGUUCAAGGUGGUGGUGCGGCUGUUUAGUCAGAACAACGACUUUGCGGACGUGAACGCGGAGCUGAAUCACGCGGAGAAGUACAAGGUGGCGCGGGGGAUGCAAGUCGCUACCGGCUGGAAGCUGCUCAAGCGGCGAAUCAUGCAGGGCAUCCUUAGCGUGCACACGCGCGACGUCGCGGCUUCGUCGUACAUCGCGAACGUGAGCGCAACCGUGGAGGUGCUCACGGGCGAGCGGAACGUCGGAAACUUUGCCGCGCAGAUCCUCCGAGCGGCGCUGCGCAAGCGCAAACUCUUCUGGCGGGAGCGCUUCAAGAAGCUCGGCGCUUUUGAGCCCAAGGAGGACGAGGAGUCGCCCGCAGAGCGAGCGCCCAGCAACCUCGACGACGACAUCAGCAGCGCUGUGAUUCGAAGAAGCAUUCGCAGAUCGCGCGGCGUCGCAGCCGUCUUCGGCGGUAUCACAGCCUUCCUCACAGGCGCGCUCCUCUUCACCACCAUCGGCGCCUGGUCGAUUCCUCUCCUCAUCACCGUUGGGGUCGUCGCGAUCGCCUUCGCCGCCCCCUGGUCCGGCGAGCGUUUGGCUGCGGGCUCGCAGAAGGAUGAGUAG